GCGGAGGCACCAUGGCAGGGCCACGCGUACGGCUGGUGGUCACGGCCGACGACUUUGGUUACUGCCCGCGGCGCGACGAGGGAAUCGUAGAAGCCUUUCUGGCGGGGGCUGUGACCAGCGUGUCCCUACUGGUCAACGGCGCGGCCGCCGAGAGCGCGGCUGAGCUGGCCAGGAGGCACCGAAUCCCCACGGGCCUCCACGCCAACCUAUCCGAGGGCCGCCCCGUGGGCCCGGCCCGCCAAGGCUCCUCGUCGCUGCUCAGCCCCAAAGGCUUCUUCCUCGGCAAGAUGGGGUUCCGAGAGGCGGUGGCUGCCGGAGACGUAGUCUUGCCUCAGGUGCGAGAAGAGCUGGAGGCUCAGCUGAGCCGUUUCCGGGAAUUACUGGGCAGGGACCCAACUCACGUGGACGGGCACCAGCACGUUCAUGUGCUCCCAGGCGUGUGCCAGGUGUUCGCCGAGGCGCUGCAGGCCUUCGGGGUGCGCUUCACCAGGCUGCCGCUGGAGCGCGGGGUGGGCAGCUGCACUUGGCUCGAGGGCCCAGCGCGCGCCUUCGCCUGCGCUGUGGAGCAGGACGCCCGGGCUGCCAUCGGCCCCUUCGCCCGCCAUGGCCUACGGUGGACCGAUGCCUUCAUGGGUCUGAGCACCUGUGGCCGGCACAUGUCUGCUCACCGUGUAUCAGGGGCACUAGCUCGGGCCCUGGAAGGUAUACCUCCACGCCGUGCAGUGACGGCCGAGCUGAUGGCGCACCCGGGCUACCCGAGUGUGCCUCCAGCUGGGGGCUGCGGUGAGGGCCCUGAUGCCUUUUCCUGCUCUUGGGAGCGGCUGCACGAGCUGCGCGUCCUCACCGCCCCGGCGCUGCGGGCUCGACUUGCCCAGGACGGCGUGCAACUCUGUGCCCUUGACGACCUAGACUCCAAGAAGUCCAGAGAGGGGAAGCCUAAUGAAGCCACUCUGGAAACCUUGCUGGAGCCCUCCUCACCAUGACCCUGGCAAAGCAGGCUGUGACUUCCUGGGCUGGACUCUGCCAUCUCUGUACGCAGGUCCUGAUGGCUCAGAGCUUCCGCAAGCCCUCUGGCUGCGGGUAGCAGCGGUGACCUCUGGGCCUGGGGCCUUCCAAGCACUGGGGGCUUUCUUGGUGCCAUGUAAGCAUCUUCCUUGGGCAGAGAUGACUAAUAAAGUAACAUGUGUCCUGUAAA